AGCAGGUAGAUAAGGAAUUUCCAUCACUUCUCAUUCAGAGAGAAAGAUCGAGAGAGAAUAAGAUGCGUACGUGGUUCACUAAUGCAAAGCCCUAUCUGCUGUUAUUGGCCGUUCAAUUUGGCUCCGCCGGCAUGUUCAUUUUCGCCAUGGAUGCCAUGAGAAAGGGCAUGAGCCAUUACGUCUUCACCGUCUACCGUAAUCUCAUCGCCUUUCUCACUCUCUCUCCCUUUGCAUUUUUUCUUGAAAGGAAAGUUCGGCCGAAGAUGACCGUUGGUAUAUUUUCAGAGAUUAUGGCACUGGCUUUCUUCGAGAUAAUACUGGAUCAGUGUUUCGCUCUCUUGGGCAUGAAAUUCACGUCAGCUUCUUUCCUAUCUGCUGUCAUGAACUCCGCACCCUCUGUUACUUUUGUCAUGGCUGUUAUUCUAAAAUUGGAACACAUGAAGAUGAAGGAGGCAACAUGUAAAGCGAAAGUUAUUGGAACAAUAGUAAGUUUUGGUGGCACUUUGCUAAUGGCACUGUACAAAGGCCCUGCACUUAGUGUUAUGGGAUCUUCAACCACCCAACCUCAGAACGUCAGCAACCCCACUGGUAACCACUGGAUCAUAGGGACAGCUUUCCUCCUUAUUGGUUGUGCGGGCUUUUCUGCCUUUUACAUAUUACAAGUCAUAACAUUGAGAAAAUACCCAGCAGAGAUGUCCCUGGCUACUUGGGUUUGCUUUGUCGGUGCCCUUCAAAGUUCUAUCGUGGCAUUCUUCGCAGAACACCACCAUUCUCAUGCCUGGUCCAUUGGUUGGGAUACACGAUUCUUUGCUCCUGCUUACGCGGGAAUAGUUUCAUCCGGAGUUCAGUAUUACAUACAAGGCGUGGUGAUCAAAUCCAUGGGCCCAGUUAUUGUGACUGCUUUUAAUCCCCUUCGUAUGAUCAUCAUUACCACCUUGGCCUGCAUCGUCCUCUCUGAGAAACUCUACCUUGGAAGUAUUAUUGGAGCAGUAGUUGUGGUUCUUGGACUGUAUCUUGUUGUGUGGGGAAAAUCUAAAGAAUGCCAGCAAAGGAUAAUGCCACCAUCCCCUGCAAAUGAUAUCCCUCCAGAAGAUCAACGUCAGCUACCUGUCACAGCUCCUAGGAAUGAUAGCAAUGAUAAUAAUGCUUAAUUUUUCUUCACAUCUAUUAUAAGGCUUGGUUAUAGUUCAUGGCCAUGAUGAAAUAGUGAUGUGGAAAUGAGAACUUAGUGUGUAUUUGAGAGA